GUAGACGUGAUUGGACGCACCCGACAUUGUGAUCGUACAUUGGCUCGUACGGAAUGGCGGCAAACGUGUGGGAUGAAAGGGAGAGGAUGUACUACACUGACGUUGGGCUUGCUGGCGGCAUGUCCACAGGGAUGGAGGGGAAAGACCGGUCGGAAGCUGCUGGAAUUGGCGAGCAACGGAGGCAGGGCGAGGUGGUCGACGACCGAGGCAUAGAAGCCGAACGGACGUAUUACGGCACGGUGGGGGGUGGCGGCGAUCGCGUGGGUGCGGUUGAAGGGGGGAUGAUGAAUGGCAAGGAUUGGGUGCGGGACAAAGACCAGCGACUCUCGGGAGAUGAAAUCUACAGGAUGGAGGAGAGGUAUUACUCCGGCGGUGGGGGGCGGCAGCAGCGUGAACGUCACGGCAUUUUCGAGGGAGAGGGACGGCGUGAUCGAGUCGGCGUGUAUGGAGGACGUAUAGAGGGGAAAGGUCGCGCCGAGGUGGGAGAGAGAGAGGGUGUUGUUGGAAUUGACGACGAACUCAGGAGAGAGAAGCUGUACUACUCUGGUAUAGAAGAUCGUUCUGCUUACGGGAGGAGGAGGGAAUGGCAGGGAGCUGAGGAUUGGACAAAAGAUUUAGAGCGGGAGUAUGGACGGUGGCGGGGCAGCACUGCUGAGCGAAGCGUACUGCUCAACGACGAGGACCUGGCGCGCGCUAGAAAGACCGUCGAGGAGCGUCUUCGAGAGCUUAAGAGGGGUUCCGUCAGGGAGGAGAGGGUGUGUUUUAACGUCUCGAUGAAGGACAAGAUUAUCGGAUUGGAAGAGAGGACGCUGCUUGUGCCAGUUCCGCCGUAUGGCGAUGUUGACGUGGGGGCUGUGGUGGAGGUGGAAGCCAGGCGGUUGCGCUUGCAAGCGCUCAAGGACGAGAUCGACAUCAGAGUGGAAUCGUACAAGGCGGCGGAGCGCAGCAAGGCGGAGGCGUGGAUGGCGCUAGCGCAGGCCCAGGCCGUAGCGGAGGCGUGCUUAACGGACCUGGAGGCGCUGGAAAUCCGCCGCUUCGCGGAAUCUAAAGGGCUAGCCAUCAUCGAUGCCGCGGAGAGAGAGAAGACGCGGAGGUUACGGUCUGCGAGAGAGAAGGCGGAGAACGAUAUCAUCACGGCGGAAGCGCUUAAGGAGAAGCGAAUGAGUGACGCUUCGCAGAGGGUGGCGGAGGUCUUGAGGAAAGCCGAAGAUCUAUCCAGCUAUGAUUUGGAUUUCGAGGUCAGGGUAAUCCGCCGUCUCGCGCGGCGCGCAGCGACGGAGAUGAGAGGAGGCGCAGACGCGGGUGUCCGCGGAGGCGGGUUUGGUGGUUUGUCCGCUUUGCGAGAAUACCCCGCGAAAGCGGAGCCGGAGCGCACAGAUGUGUCCUUUUCCGCUUCCCCCCGCACCCGUCCGGCUGUCGGGACCGACGUCUAUGAUGAACAGGUCAGGGACGGCGGUCGGGGUCCCGGGUUGAGUUCCGCAGUCGAGGCGCUGCGUGUCGGUCGGCCAGCUGCCCACUCCAUGUCAUCUUCCGUCUCAGAAACCCCGAGGGAUAGGACCACCCUCGGGACCACGGGACUCCAGGAGAUAACGACGGGUCCUGUGCCGGGCGACCUGUACGGCAAAGACACACCGAUGGAACGACCGGUCGUCCUGGGAGGGGGCGAAAUGCAAUCUGAACCAGUUGAGACUCUCCAAUCCCCUGCGAGGGAGAGGAAGAGGGGGGGAUUAGCGAGGAGGAUUAAGGAAGUCGUGAAGAGCACCAUCUAAGGUGCUGAGUCGACCGCACCGAGCCAACGUAAUUGUGAGUGAUUGAUUCUUCAUGCUCGACUACCAGCAGAAAGUGUAGUCGUGGACCCCUGGUCGGUAGGGAAGGCGGCGGCCAAAGCACACCGUCGAAGCUGUCGAGAGAAGCGGAAAGCACCGGGCGGGAAUGUAGUUUUUGACUGAUUGCGUCGUCGUUUUGUCUGUCGGAAAGUGUAAUCAUAGUCGAUGUGGAGGGCGGCGGGCUGUUGAGAGUCGUCGAUCUCUUAAUCGCCUGUACACGUGUCGGUCAUCCAUUCGCGGGAUGGCUGAGAUCGCUCGUGUACAGGAAGUCGUCUUUGUACAGUCCCAUAACUUGACGGGAUUGUUGGUGUUCCACGAACUGAAAGUAGGAUAUGGGAUUGUUGGUGUUCCACGAACUGAAAGUAGGAUAUGGGAUUGUUGGUGUCCCACGANAUUGUUGGUGUCCCACGAACUGAAAGUAGGAUAUGGAUUGUAUACAGCUGUGUACUGGGAUUGUUGGUGUCCCACGAACUGAAAGUAGGAUAUGGAUUGUAUACAGCCUGUCUCUUAUACACAUCUAGAUGUGUAUAAGAGACAGCUUUGUUGGUGUCCCACGAACUGAAAGUAGGAUAUGGAUUGUAUACAGCUGUGUACUAUAUGAUAUGAUAUGAUGAUAUGAUAUGUCGAUCAGAAGAGGCUAUUCCUCAGAACCCACUUAUCUUUGUCACAACGUGAGCCAUCACAGACUCGUCAUGAUCAAGGCGGGACAACGUGAGCCAUCAGUUCGGUUUGAAGAGCUUUCAAGAUGAGCGUUGCCAUGGUGGGAGUGUGUGAGAGAGGCAUACGUACGUACAGGAAAUCGGGGAAACGGCACGUUGAUUGACCGAGUUGGAAAAAACAAACGAUAUCAUUUUUAGAAUGAAUGAUAGAUCUGAUAACCUGGUUAAGGUCCGUAGAUGUGUGUGGGAGAGGAGGAGAACAUAAGAGAGAUUUAAGCUCUGGACACGUGUGUCGGAGAGAAGGGAAACAUCAGCGUGUGUAAGGCAUUCGUACAGCGACCUGGGGGAAUGGCGCGUUGAUUGAUCACUUCGUUGACAUGGUUUUUGUCUGUCACAGUGGAUGUGUGUACGGGAGAGAAAGAGAGGGAUAGGAGAGAUUUUGACGGCUGUAGACUGUGCAAGAGAGAACGUAUGACGUCUUACCCUCUUGUGGUCGAUGGGAAGGAGAAGAGGAUGAGGAUAUACGCUAUGUAUCCCCCGCGGUCAUGACCGCGGGGUCAUGACCACGUUGGAAAGCAAUAAUCUCCAUUCUUAGCUGUGUUAGUGUUGUUUCGGCGAGACAUCAUUCCGUUUUUCAGUGCUGUCUCGUGCGAUUAUAGACUUUUAAGCCCAGCUCCUCCACGACUUCUCGACACGGUUGAUCUGACUCGGAUCUUGAUCAAGGUCAAUCAAAACCUGUUUGUGGGGCGGAUAGACAGCCAGGUGGAACGUGGGAGGCCAUAUCGGAAGGCAGGUCAUCAUUCGCUGCACGAGCUGUGCUGCUGUAGUUCAGCACAUAUUGGAAGGCAAGUCAUCAUUCGCUGCACGAGCUGUGCUGCUGUAGUUGAGCAGCACAUGCCGGCUUCGUUUCUGUGCUGUGUAGUUGAGCAGUACAUGCCGGCUUCGUUUCUGCUUCCGUUGUUUUUCUUGUGGCGCUAUAACCUCUUCUUUCUGAUUUCACCUCGUUUUACACCAGGGUGGGGGGGGGUAUUCUGAGCUGAAAACGUUUUGAAAUUCAUGGAUUGUACAGAUUAAAUAGGUUUAGUAUGAACUUUAAAGCCCCCUCUUGUUUUUACUUUCGCCUCGUUUUACAUCAUGGGGGGGUUAUUCUGAGCUGAAAACGUUUUCAUGGAUUGUACAGAUUUUUCAACGAGAUAAAGCGUCGUUUUACGC